AUGGAAGGCCAGUUGUCUCUCAAUAAUACCUCCGUUUCAAGUAGAUUUCUUGGUAUGGAGGACAAUAGACCUGAUGUUGGGGAAACCGAAUCGCCACGUACAUCUUCUACAGUUGAAGAAAUCAAUCCUGAUAGACCAGAUGCACAGGAAACUGAGUAUGGCAAUGCCAGAACAUCUGAGAAAAUGCAAAUGCAUGAUGAUGAUGAGCCAAAGUUGGGGAUGAAGUUUAAUUCCCUAGAAGAUUUAAUGAGUUAUUAUAAGGAAUAUGAUAAGAAAUGCAGCUUCAGUCCAAAGAAAUCCCUCUUCUUUCGAUGUAAUAGAGAAGUGAGUGAAUCCGUUAAAAGAGUCCUAGAUACAAAUGAUUUGUCUGGCAUCCGAAUGAAUAAGAAUUUUGGAUCUCUUGUUGUUAACACAAGUGAUUCUAAGAACCUCCUGUUUUUGGAAGAUGAUUGUCGUAACUACAUCGACAAUGCACGACAUCUACGAUUGGGCGCAGGUAGUGCUAGAGUGCUUCGAGACUACUUUUUACGGAUGCAAUACAAAAAUCCGGGAUUCUUUGCACUAAUGGACUUGGAUGAUGACGAAAGGUUAAAGAAUGUAUUCUGGGCAAACCCCCAUAAUAGAGCAGCCUACCAAUAUUUCGGAGAUGUGAUAACUUUCGACAUCACAUACUUGACGAACCGAUAUGAGAUGCCCUUUGCACCAUUUGUUGGUGUAAAUCACCAUAGGCAGUCAAUUUUGUUAGAAGCUGGCUUGAUUUCCUUUGAUGAUACUGAGACCUUCGUGUGA